GUUUAAAAUGUACAAUGAGAUGAAAUUGAUUCGCAUCUUUAGUGGAAUAACGCGUACACUCAUAAGUUUGACUAAAACCCAAUUGGUUCUCCCCAAAAUUAUUACACAACAACAUUUUGUACCAACCUUAUAGCUAAGUCGUUUGUCACUAACAACAAAAUUUUCCACCCCAAUUCUCACGUUUCCUUCAAUAAAUACAAUCCACAAGCACACAAAUUUGAAACUUCCAUGCUACAAUGCAAAUUAGCCUCUUGUACAUUAUCUACUCAUAUAUUUAACAAUAUAUUCCUAUUUCCUUCAUUAGCAAUUAGCCAUAGCACAAAAUUAUAAGCCAGUCCAUGGGCUGCACAUUUAGUGUAUAAAUAAAAAAAUUAUUUAUGAUCGUGAUCAGAGCGCUGCCACUUGACAUGUAACCACAAUUGAGGUAGGUUGUAUCAACCAUAUUUGACCGUGAUUUUCUUUUGUGCGAAGAAUCAUGACACGAAAACUAUCAUAACCGCGACCACAAUUUAGCACAUAACUUAUUGAAAGUGUGCAGCUAGCAAUAUCAAGUUUCAAAAUCAGAAAAUGGCAAGAGGAUUGAAGGUUCUAUCAGCCCUUGACUCAGCAAAAACACAAUACUACCAUUUCAAGGCCAUCAUCAUAGCAGGAAUGGGACUUUUCACUGACUCUUAUGACCUUUUUUCCAUCACACUCAUCACAAAGAUGCUAGGAAGAAUAUACUACUCCGACCACCAAGAAAUCCGUCAAGUCAACCCGGUCGUGGUCUCAGCCCUUGUCUCCGUUGCACUCCUAGGAACCGCCUUCGGUCAGCUCCUAUUCGGACGCCUCGGAGACCUAAAAGGCCGGCGCCACGUCUACGGUAUCGCCUUAUUAUUGAUGCUAACAAGCUCUCUAGCUUCUGGCUUCUCCAUCUGUACAACAAAGAGAGCUUGUGUUUUACUAUCUCUUGGUUUCUUUAGAUUCUUCUUAGGGCUUGGAAUUGGUGGUGAUUAUCCUUUAUCUUCUACCAUUAUGUCUGAGUUUGCUAAUAAAAGGACAAGAGGUUCUUUUAUAGCUGCGGUUUUUUCUAUGCAAGGGUUUGGUAUAUUGGCUAGUGCAACUGUUACUAUGGUGGUUUGCUUGGUAUUUCGCAGCGGUUCGAAGCCGGCAACGGCUUUUGAUGUGCCGCCGGAGGCUGACGUUGCAUGGAGGUUGAUAUUGAUGAUUGGUUCAGUUCCAGCUGCAUUGACUUAUUAUUGGCGUAUGAUGAUGCCAGAAACUGCCAGGUAUACAGCAUUAGUGGAACAAAAUGUGUUGCAAGCUGCAAAAGACAUGGAGAAAGUACUAGAUGUCUCAAUGAGCCAAAUAACCGAAGAGCAUCCAUUACCACCAGCCACAAAUGUUGCCUACCCUCUUCUUUCAAGAGAAUUCUUGUGGCGACACGGUCGCGAUCUUUUCGCAUGUUCUGCUAAUUGGUUUCUCUUAGACAUAGUGUUCUACAGCCAAGUUCUAUUCCAAAGUGAAAUAUACAAACGAUACCUCAACGAAAAAGAUGAUGAAGAUGUGUAUCAAGAGGCUUUCCAUCUUGCAAGAAUCCAAGCCAUUCUUGCUGUUUGCUCCACCAUUCCCGGCUACUUCUUCACCGUCUACUUCAUCGAUCGUGUGGGAAGAGUUAAAAUCCAAAUGAUGGGUUUUUUCUUCAUGGCAGUGUCAUUUUUUGCUUUAGGGUUUCCCUAUUACUCUCAUUGGACCAAAGGAGAAAAUCAUGAUAACAAAGGUUUCAUGGUUAUCUAUGGUCUUGCUUUCUUCUUUGCAAAUUUUGGACCUAACACUACCACCUUUAUUGUCCCAGCUGAACUCUUUCCAGCUAGGUUCAGGUCAACAUGUCAUGGUAUUUCUGGGGCUGUUGGUAAGGUUGGUGCAAUCAUUGGAUCUGUUGGAUUUCUUUGGGCAUCACAUAAAGAGAAGGAGGAAGGAUAUCCUAAGGGGAUUGGAAUGAAAGCCUCACUUAUCAUUCUUGGAGGGGUGUGCAUAGUGGGAAUGUUUGUUACUUACUUUUUCACCAAGGAAACCAUGGGAAGGUCUUUGGAAGAGAAUGAGGAUGAGCAGUCUCAUCAUGCAGAAGAAUAUAACGAUCUUUGAUUCAUGUGUGCAUGUGUGUGUCAUGUGUUUGUGCGUGUAUAUAAUGUAUCUCAAGUAUUAGUCAAACAAAAAUGUUGGCCUAGUGGUAAAAAUCUACUUGUUGCCGGUUUUGAAUAAAGUUAUUAGAAGUAUCCAAGUAAGAUUGUUUUAAAGGUGUCAAGUGAGAGAAUUUGAUUUUGUCAAAAAAAAAAAUGAGAGAAUUUGAUAGAAUGGUCAAUGUUAUGUAACAUUUUUUUGAGAGAAAACAAACUUAUAUCAUUUCAUUAA